AUCUCUUCCCCCGACAUCAGAGCAACAGUUUUUCAACCGACAACAUGGCGACUGUUCGUGCGGCGUCCCGUCUCCUCUCCAAGAGGGUGCUCGCUAACAUGAAAGCGGUCCCCGCUGCUGCAGUUCAGGGCUCCAGGAACUUUCACUUCUCCAUCUAUGGCAAGAAGAAGAGUGCCAAAGUAGCAGAUGAUAUCUCCACUCAAUAUCCUGUUGUGGAUCACGAGUUUGAUGCCGUGGUGGUGGGAGCCGGAGGAGCUGGACUUCGGGCCGCUUUUGGCUUAUCGGAGGCCGGCUUCAACACGGCCUGCGUCACUAAGCUCUUCCCCACCAGGUCUCACACCGUCGCUGCACAGGGUGGGAUCAACGCGGCUCUGGGUAACAUGGAGGAGGAUGACUGGCGCUGGCAUUUCUACGACACGGUGAAGGGAUCUGAUUGGCUGGGAGACCAGGACGCCAUCCACUACAUGACAGAGCAGGCUCCUGCAGCCGUAGUGGAGCUGGAAAACUUCGGCAUGCCGUUCAGCCGCACCGAAGAGGGCAAGAUCUACCAGAGAGCCUUCGGGGGACAGAGUCUCAAGUACGGGAAGGGGGGCCAGGCCCACCGCUGCUGCUGUGUGGCGGACCGGACGGGACACUCCCUGCUGCAUACGCUUUACGGAAGGUCGCUCCGCUACGACACCAGCUACUUCGUGGAGUACUUUGCCCUGGACCUGCUGAUGGAAAACGGAGAGUGUAAAGGAGUUAUUGCUCUCUGCAUGGAGGACGGCUCCAUCCACCGCUUCAGAGCCCAGAACACCGUCAUCGCCACCGGUGGUUACGGAAGGACGUAUUUCAGCUGCACGUCUGCCCACACCAGCACAGGAGACGGAAACGCCAUGGUGACCAGAGCCGGCCUGCCGUGCCAGGAUUUGGAGUUUGUGCAGUUCCAUCCCACCGGGAUCUACGGGGCUGGCUGCCUGAUCACGGAGGGUUGCCGUGGCGAGGGAGGAAUCCUGAUCAACAGCGAGGGCGAGCGCUUCAUGGAGCGUUACGCCCCCAACGCCAAAGACCUGGCCUCCAGAGACGUGGUGUCCCGCUCCAUGACCAUAGAGAUCAGAGAGGGCAGAGGUGUGGGUCCGGACAAGGACCACGUGUACCUGCAGCUCCACCACCUGCCUCCGCAGCAGCUGGCCACCAGGCUGCCCGGGAUCUCCGAGACAGCCAUGAUCUUCGCUGGAGUCGACGUGACUAAGGAGCCCAUCCCUGUCCUGCCCACGGUUCACUACAACAUGGGAGGAAUUCCCACUAACUACAAGGGACAGGUGAUCGAUCACAUCAACGGCAAGGACAAAGUGAUUCCUGGGCUGUACGCCUGCGGUGAGGCGGCCUGUGCCAGCGUGCAUGGCGCUAACAGGCUGGGCGCUAACUCGCUGCUGGACCUGGUGGUGUUCGGGAGAGCCUGCGCACUGACCAUCGCAGAGGAGCACAAACCCGGAGAGAAGCUUUCCCCCCUGAAGCCCAGCGCAGGAGAGGAGUCUGUGGCCAACCUGGACAAGCUGAGGUUUGCUAACGGAAAUCUGAGAACGUCCGAGAUCAGGCUGAACAUGCAGAAGACCAUGCAGAACCACGCCGCCGUCUUCCGUACCGGCUCCGUUCUGAAGGAGGGAUGCGAUAAGAUGGCCGACGUCUACCAGAGCAUGGAGAAAAUCAAAACCUUUGACAGAGGCAUCGUGUGGAACACAGACUUGGUGGAGUCACUGGAGCUGCAGAACCUGAUGCUGAACGCCGUCCAAACCAUCAAUGGUGCUGAGCAAAGAAAGGAGAGCAGGGGUGCCCACGCCAGAGAGGACUUCAAGGAUCGUAUCGAUGAGUACGACUACUCCAAGCCCCUGGAGGGUCAGCAGAAGAAGCCCUUCGAGCAGCACUGGAGGAAGCACACCAUGUCAUACGUAGACCCCAAAACUGGAAAGGUGACGCUGAGGUACCGCCCCGUCAUCGACAGCUCUCUGAACGAACAGGACUGCGCCCACGUCCCUCCUGCCAUCCGCUCGUACUAAGAAGCUCUCCCCCGACUACAGAAGGAUCAUAAACUGCUAUUUAAGAGAAAAACAUAAUUUCUUUUAACAGAGAAGACGGUUCAUGUUGCACAUUUGUAACCAUUUAGCGAUGCUGAUCAUAUAAACUGCCAGUUUCAGACUUUGACGUCACAUUCCUGUUUCUGUCCUUCUUGCCUGUUUAGCCUCAACUUAUCUCGGCAAAGGUCCGGGGAAUUCUCACACACGGCCGGAUCUCUCGGUUCUUGUCAAUAUUAGAAACUCUUGAUAAGUUGAACACUGACGGCGAACAAAUUUCAAGCUCUGCUUUCUGUCAUGGCACUAUUUUCUCGCGCUCGUUCUAAGCAGCUCUGCCGUUUAAAAUUCUCCCUGUUGAGCGAAGAGACGGUGGGGGACGAAUGUGAUCUGAUGUGCACACGUCGCCGAAAGAGCGGGAAGGUUUUAAGUGUGUAAAUAUUUCAGAAAUGUACAAUAAACGUGCUUAGCUGUACGCACCAGUUGCAUCAUCUGCAUGUUACUGAUGUGUGGCCUCCAUGCGGCUUCUGUUCAGUAAUAAAUCGGCUAAAAGUCCUGAGUGAGCUUCAGCUUUCUGUAUCAGUAUCAGUAUAAAUGUUAACCAAAAGUAGCAGUUUGAAGAUCUUCAACCACAUUUGCAUCUUAGCUGAUGAAACAAUGACUCCUUCAUAUGUUCUGCUGUCUUCCUCUGAGGACAUUUUGCAGAAAGGGUCAGCGAGUGCCUCUGUCAGAG